AUGCAGUUUGUGUCAACACGGCCGCAGCCUCAGCAGCUGGGCAUCCAGGGCCUGGGGCUGGACAGCGGGAGCUGGAGCUGGGCCCAGGCUCUGCCCCCGGAGGAGGUCUGCCACCAGGAGCCGGCGCUGCGCGGGGAAAUGGCCGAGGGAAUGCCGCCCAUGCAGGCUCAAGAAUGGGACAUGGAUGCCCGGCGACCAAUGCCUUUUCAGUUCCCACCCUUCCCAGAUAGGGCGCCUGUCUUCCCUGACCGCAUGAUGCGGGAGCCCCAGUUGCCCACGGCGGAGAUCUCACUCUGGACCGUGGUGGCUGCCAUUCAGGCUGUGGAGAGGAAGGUGGACGCCCAAGCCAGUCAGCUGCUGAACCUGGAGGGACGCACCGGGACCGCCGAGAAGAAGCUGGCCGACUGCGAGAAGACGGCCGUGGAGUUCGGCAACCACAUGGAGAGCAAGUGGGCCGUGCUGGGCACCCUGCUGCAGGAGUACGGGCUGCUGCAGCGGCGGCUGGAGAACCUGGAGAACCUGCUGCGCAACAGGAAUUUCUGGGUCCUGCGGCUGCCCCCCGGCAGCAAGGGGGAGGCACCCAAGGUCCCUGUGACUUUUGUCGACAUUGCGGUUUACUUCUCUGAGGACGAAUGGAAGAACCUGGACGAGUGGCAGAAGGAGCUCUACAACAACCUGGUUAAGGAGAACUACAAAACACUGAUGUCCCUGGACACAGAUGGCCCCGUGCCCAAGCCAGAUGCUCCAGCCCCGGUGGAGCCCAGGGAAGAGCCUUGCGUGUGGGAGCAACGUCACCCUGAAGAGAGAGAAAUCCCAGUAGAUACAGACACAGGAACAGAACCCCUGGUGCCUGCACAGGAUGCAUCCUCCCAAGUGAAGCGAGAAGGAGCUCUGUGUGUCCGGGGCCAGCGGGGCCUGGAGGAAAGAGCCAUCCCCACAGAAUCUAUCACGGACUCCCCCAUCUCUGCCCAGGACCUCUUGUCCCGGAUUAAGCAGGAAGAGCAGCAGUGCGUAUGGGACCAGCAGGAUUUGGCAGAAAGAGAUAUUCCCACAGACCCCAAUUCAGAGUCUCUCAUCUCGGCACAUGACAUUUUGUCCUGGAUCAAGCAGGAGGAGCAGCCGUAUCCUUGGGGCCCUCGAGACACAAUGGAAGGAGAGCUUGGACUGGACUCUGGCCCCAGUGACAGCCUGCUACUGGUGAAGAACCCACCCCAGGCCCCUGCUCAGCCCCAGCCCCAGCCUCAGCCUCACCAGCAGAGCCUGCCGGCAUUGGCAGUGCCUGAGAACCCUGGUGGCCCCGGGAGCCGGGGGCUGCUGGAUGAGGGCUUUCCAGCCCUCCCAGGGGAGCGCACCGUGGGCGAGGCGCCACCAGGUGGGGAAGGCAGUGCAGGGAGCAGUGGCAGCGGAGGUGGCGGUGGUAGCGGUGGUGGCGGUGGUGGUGGCGGCGGCGGCGGCGGCGGCGGCAGUGGCACUGGUGGUGGUACUGGUGCAGGUGGAGGCUGCGGCAGCUGCUGCCCCGGUGGUUUGCGGCGGAGCCUCUUGGCACAUGGUGCACGCAGCAAACCCUACUCGUGCCCCGAGUGUGGCAAGAGCUUCGGCGUGCGUAAGAGCCUCAUCAUCCACCACCGCAGCCACACCAAGGAGCGGCCCUAUGAAUGCGCCGAGUGCGAGAAGAGCUUCAACUGCCACUCGGGCCUCAUCCGCCACCAGAUGACGCACCGGGGUGAACGGCCCUACAAAUGCUCCGAAUGCGAGAAGACCUACAGCCGCAAGGAGCACCUGCAGAACCACCAGCGGCUGCACACAGGCGAGCGGCCCUUCCAGUGCGCGCUCUGUGGGAAGAGCUUCAUCCGCAAGCAGAACCUGCUCAAGCACCAGCGCAUCCACACGGGCGAGCGGCCCUACACGUGCGGAGAGUGCGGAAAGAGCUUCCGCUACAAGGAGUCACUCAAGGACCACCUGCGUGUGCACAGUGGCGGCCCGGGCCUUAAUGCCCCUCGGCCGCUCCAGGCCCCACCCGAGCGAGACUAGGGCUGGGCUGGGGGCGGGGGAGGGCCAGAAUGGAGCCAGGGGCGGGCGAGGGGCUCCGGAGGACCUACCAUCCUGCCCCAUCCUUCUUGGUGCACCUUCCCGCCCUCUUCUCACCACCUGCUGGAAAUCGGGCACAGAAAUUGCACUCCAUUUAGGGUUCCCCUGAGGGUUGGACAGGGGUACCCUAGGCUUGUCCAGCCAGAAUGGACAGCCCACCUCAUCUCAUAGGGUGGAGCGCGCCACCCAGGAAGAUGCCAGAGGGACAGCAAGGAGGUGAGAAUCAUUGGACACACUCGGCCCACCUAGUGUGCCUAUUGGCCACUGGGGCCGCAGAUUGUUGUGAUCAGGGGAAGUGACCAGGGAGUCUCUAAACCCUUCUGAAAUAAGGAAAUAUAAUCCUAAGGUUAGGAGACGCCCUGUAAAGGAAGCCAAGGUCACUGGUGAGCUGAGGGAUGCGCUAAGGGUAACCUCCUCACGAUGACAACACUGCCUCGCGUUUGAAUAGCGCUUUAUACUUUUUUAAAAGUGUUUUCUAUCCGUUAUCUAUUUUCACCCUUAGCCUAUCCCUCUGAUAGGUGGGGUAGGAUUUUCCUGACGUGGUAACUGAGGAAAGUGAGACACAGGUGAGAUGGUUUACCCAAGAUCACACGAGAAGAGCGUGGUGGAGCCGCACCAGGGCUCCGGCCCAGCGCAGUGUCCCCACCGCACACACUGCCUACCUCCGUCGUCUGAGACCACUCUGGCCUGGCCUUCCUGGUCUCUUUCCUUCCCUUGACACCCCCUCCCCCAAAAUUAAAAGCAUCAGGGGCCAACUCCUGGGUUACUGGGGGUGGGGAACAGAUUGGCUACAAAGAUGCCCAGAUUCGUGCUCCAGAAGGCUCUUUCUAUGAGAGACGCCUGGGCAGUAGCGUGCUCACCCCAGCCUGUCCUUCCCGCCUCCAGUCCCUCAAUCCGGUGCAGCAGCAGCUUUUCACUGCACAGUGAGGCCCCGCCCUCCAGAGGCAGCGGUGCUCUGGGUCAGACCUCCCCUGAUGAUUUUCUCCAAUUCUCCAGGGGAGAGGGAGAGGCCUUUGCUGCCCAAGCAGCCACCAAGGAAUGAGUCUCUGCCCAGGAGGGCUGCACAAGUGGGUGCUAGAGUUCGAGCCUCAGUCUCUUUCCUGCCCUGGGCCUCCCAAUUGGUGCUAUCUGUUACCUGACCAUGCUCAUGGACAUGGACACAGACUACUAUGCUCUGACCCUGCAGGCGCCUUGGGAAGCGCGCAAAGGACUCCCUUACGUGUUGGUGCAUCGCUCCGUGGCUCUGGGCACCACGGCCCCAGGGGCCACAGUCUCCAUUUCAGCGUCUUGCAUGGCCAGGCACUGGGGUGGGGUGGCAUGCCCCAGGACCCUUUUUUUUGUGUCAAAAAUGGCUUUUCCUGCUCCUCCCAUGGAUCCCGCUUCUCUCCCAGCCACCGGAGCGCGGUGGGCGGCCAGCACUCUGCCGCAUCACCUUUGUGAGCGCUCUGCUUCUGCCCUUCUGUUCAUCUGCGCUCCUCUGCUUUCCUCAGACCCCUUUUUGCCGUGCAAAGGGAAUUGUUGAAAUUAAAUAAAAGGUAUCCAGAUUGCAGAC